AUGGGGUCUCUGCUCCUCGUCUUGCUUCUGCUUUUGCUGUCGCCCUCCUACCCGCGAGGCGGGAGCGCGCGGAGGCGUCGGGGUGCGCGGACGCAAAGCCCGGGGGGCAGCUCUCACCCACCGUUCUGGGUGCGCCUAAGCCCCGACUUCAAGGCAGUGCCGCUGGGGGGCUCAGUGUGGCUCAACUGCAGCAGCAGCUGCCCCCUCCCGGAGGGUUCCAGCCUCCGCACCGAGCUGAGGCGGGGUGAGACGCUCAGUGGGCCCCGCUGGGUAUCCUACCAGCUGCUGGAUGUGAGGGCCUGGAAUUCCGAUGUGCACUGCUUCGUCACCUGCGCGGGAGAAACGCGGGGGGCCACCGCCAGGAUUACAGCCUACAAACAGCCAACCAGUGUGAUCCUGGAGCCUCCGGUCUUAAUGGGCAGUGACUACACUCUGCGCUGCCACGUGACGCACGUCUUCCCCGUGGGCUUCUUCGUGGUGACUCUGAGGCGCGGUGGCCGAGUCAUCUACUCCGAGAGCCUGGAGCGCUUCACAGGCCUGGAUCUGGCCAACGUGACGCUGACUUACCUGUUACCCUCCCGGCCCGGUGACUUUGGGCAGCCCGUUACCUGCCACGCCCGCCUCAAUCUCGACGGCCUGGUGGUCCUCAGUAGCUCGGCACCCGCGACGCUGCCAGUCCCCGCUUGGAGUCCUGCGUCCAAAGCCUUGGCCUCUACCUCCAUCGCAGCCUUUGUGGGGAUCUUUCUUGUCGUGGGGGCCCUCUCUCUGCGAAAGUACCUAUUGAUGCAGCCUCCGGCAUAGAGGCAUUGGUCCAUGCAGGCUGAACAGGAGGAAAAAGCAAUCUGGGACAAUUGGUGGAACCUUGCCUGGAUCAAUAAAGACUUUCUCAGCCA